CGUAUAUAAAGGUUAGGAGGAUGUCCUCCCGCUGAGCUCCGGGGGAAGAUGCUGCCGCUCGGUCUGAUGCUGCUGCUGCUGCUGCCGGUCGCCGCCGCGGACCUGCCCGGGUCGGGCGCUCCGCCGCUCCGGGGGCCGGGGCUCGGCUUCUCUCCGCCGGUCCCCGCCUCUCCCUCCGCCCCGCCGCUCCUCCUCCUCCCGCAGCCCCGGGCGGAAUACGGUGCGCCCGGUGUAGCCUUGGCCCGGUCCGCCGCGGAGGAACCGACCCGCCCGGGAGAGGAGGAAGAGGGGGGUCAACAUCAUCAUCAUCAUCACGGCGGCGGGUACCGGGUGGUCCAGUGGGAGUGGAGCUACGUCCAGACUCCGUACAUCAUCGCCAUCUGGCUCCUGGUGGCCAGCGUGGCCAAGAUCCUGUUCCACUUCUCUCAGCGGUUCACCACUGUGGUCCCGGAGAGCUGCAUGCUGAUCCUGCUGGGUCUGGUCCUGGGCGGGAUCGUCCUCAUAGCCAAUAAGAAGCAGCUGUACCAGCUUGAGCCCGCCCUCUUCUUCCUCUUCCUGCUGCCGACCAUCGUGGGCGACGCCGGGUACUUCAUGCCGGCCCGCCUCUUCUUCGACAACCUGGGAGCCAUCCUGACCUACGCCGUGGUGGGAACGCUGUGGAACGCCUUCUGCACCGGCUUCUGCCUGUACGCCGCCAAACUGCUGGGGGUCAUAGAUGAGCGCGUGCAGGCGGACCUGAUGGACUUCCUGCUGUUCGGAGCGCUGAUCUCGGCCGUGGACCCGGUGGCUGUGCUGGCCGUGUUCGAGGAGGUUCACGUCAACGACACGCUCUUCAUCAUCGUGUUCGGAGAGUCGCUGGUCAACGACGCCGUCACAGUGGUUUUAUAUAAAGUCUACAUCUCCUUUGUGGAAGUGGGAGCGGAGAACGUUCAGACCGCAGAUUACUUUAAAGGAGUCGCCUCCUUCCUCAUCGUCAGCAUCGGGGGCACUCUGGUGGGCCUGGUGUUCGCCGUCAUCCUGGGCUUCAUCACUCGUUUCACCAAGAAGGUUCGGAUCAUCGAGCCGCUCUUUGUCUUCCUGCUGGUCUACCUGGCCUACCUGACCGCCGAGCUCUUCUCCCUGUCCGCCAUUCUGUCUAUGACCUUCUGUGGGAUCGGUGCAAAUAAAUACGUGGAGGCCAACAUUUCCCAGAAGUCUCGGACCACGGUGAAGUACACGAUGAAGACUCUGGCCAGCAUUGCCGAGACCAUCAUCUUCAUCUUCCUGGGGAUCUCAGCGGUGGACAAGUCCAAGUGGGCCUGGGACACGGGCCUGGUGUCCUGCACCCUGGUCUUCAUCUUUGUCUUCAGGGCUGCCGGUGUGAUUGGUCAGACCUGGGUUCUGAACCGCUUCCGCCUCGUCCCAUUGGACAAGAUCGACCAGGUGGUGAUGUCGUACGGCGGCCUGCGAGGGGCGGUGGCGUUCGCUCUGGUGGUGCUGCUGGACGGCGAGCAGGUCAAAGCCAAGGAUUACUUUGUCGCCACGACGAUCGUGGUCGUCUUCUUCACUGUCAUGUUCCAGGGUCUGACCAUCAAACCUCUGGUGAACUGGCUCAAAGUUCCUCGUUCCACCAGCAGGAAGCCGACCAUCAACGAGGAGAUCCACGAGAGGGCCUUCGACCACAUCCUGACAGCAGUGGAGGACAUCGCGGGACUGCAGGGGUACCACCACUGGAGGGACAAGUGGGAGCAGUUUGAUAAGAACUACCUGAGCAAGCUGCUGCUGAGGAAGUCCGUGUACAGGAAGAGUGAGCUGUGGGAGGCCUAUCAGAAGAUAAACAUCCGGGACGCCAUCAGCGUCAUCGACCAGGGCGGGAACGUCCUGACCUCAGCCAGACUGUCUCUGCCCUCAAUGGCCAGCAGAGCCUCGUUCCCCGAAGUCACCAACGUCACCAACUACCUGCGCGAGAAUGGCAGCGGCGUGUGUCUGGACCUCCAGGUGAUCGAUAACGUCCCAGGAGCCAAAGUGGAGGAGGACAGCGAGACGCACCACGUCCUCGCCGAGAACCUGUACAAGCCCAGGAGACGGUACCAGUCCCACUACAGCCGUCACUUCAUGCCUCUGGGGGAGAAGGAGCGGCAGGACCGGGAGGUGUUUCAGAGGAACAUGAAGAGCCGCAUGGAAACGUUCAAAUCCACCCGAUACAAACGACACAAGAAGGAGAGAAGCCUGAAGAAGCACCGAGGAUCCGAGGCCAAGGACGACGGCGACAAACCCAGACGCAACGUCAGCUGGCAGGACAAAAAUCCGGUGACCGUCCCUAUGGAGUCUGAGGAGGAGAAGGGUGAACAUUCAGACCCUGAGAAGGAGGAAGACGUCGGGAUCACCUUUGUAGCUCGCAAGGUAGAGACGCCAAAACAGCGACCCAAAUCAGUCCCAGCAGCUCUGGAUGGGUGUCAGAGUCCCUCAGCUGCCCCGUCCUCCUCGCCCCCCAGUGGAGACAGCCAUCUGCCGUGGAAGGGCAGCGUGGGCUCGCCUCCCCCCUGCGUGUCUGUGGAGGCCACAAAGAUCAUCCCUGUGGACCUGCAGCAGGCCUGGAACCAGAGCAUCUCCUCCCUGGAGAGCAUCUCCUCCCCGCCCGCCCCCGCCGAGCCCAUCCACCCCCGGGUGAGCAGCCUCGCCAGACUGGGAGGCCCUCGCCCGGCCUCCUACACCCCUCCGGGCAGCAUGGCGGGCAGCACCUCCUCCAUUGGACCUCAGGUGUUGCAGGGCUCCUUCCGCUUCCCAGAGAAGAAGGAGGAGGAGCAAGAGGAGGAAGGGGGAGCGCUGCAGGAGUUGCAGCCUCUCAUGUCGUCUCUGAGGCCUCCCGGCUCCCUGCCGCCGCCGCCGCCGCCUCCCAGCUCAGGGAGGAGGAGGAACCCCUGCGUCUACCUGAGGAGCCUGGUGACGGCGCCCCCUCCUGGCAGCGGCGAGCCGCACAGCCGGGGCCCCACCCAGCUGUAACGACAGAUCCCAGAUCAGUUAAACAUCCAUCGCCUGCAGAGCAGGACCUUCAGGACACCUUCACAGCAACGCACAUAUACACACUCAUCAGGCGACCUGCGGCCUGCCACACCGUCCAAUAGGAAACCAGCUCACUAAGCCUCCUCUCCGUCAGCAGCUUCCUGUCCACCCGAUGAAGGCUGCGCUGGUCAUCCUCUGUCUCACAGCCACAUGGUUUAAUGAUGGAGGCUGACCCAUCCUCCCCUCCUGUGUGUGCAGCCAUGUGACCAGACUGCAGGGGUCAGAGGUCACACAUCACCAGCUCUGAUCCAGAUGUUUCAGCUGACAGGAAUGUUUUACAUGUUAUUUUAUAAUUAUAUAAUUAUUAAUGUCCACAGAGUCUCUGCUGAGAUCAGCUGUUGACUCCUGCUCCGCACCUCACUGGGUCUUUUUAAACAUCAGCGCUGUCUCACUUCCUGUCAGUCACCUGACACACAAUAACAAACACCUGUCUGUGUUAUUCUGUCAUUACUCCGUCAUGUUCAGAAUCAAACCAGCAACCUGUCUGACUUCCUGUCUGUGGCUCUCAGCUCCGAGCCCAUUGGUUCCUCCUGAAGGCGUAAAUCUGUAAAGAGGUCAUGUUCUGCUCAUUGUCAGGUUUCAUCGUUUUAUUUAGGGGUUGGACCAGAACAGGUUCGCAUGGUUUAGACUGCUCACAGCUGCAGCUCCUCUUCUCACCCUGAGUGUUCAAUGCUCCGUUUUAGCUGCAGAGUGAAGCAUCUCACUUCUAUAAGCUCCCAAAAAAAGAGCACAUGCUCAGUACCUAGGUAAGAACUACUAGCCAAUCAGAAACAGAGUAGGGCGACUCCUGACAAGUCAGUAACCACGUUCAGCCGUACAUGUUGGAACCCGGGUCUGAUCCAGAACAACCAGAACCAGCUUCAGUACCUAGACUGGAUCAAGAGUUUCAAAGUGGUGAGUUAUUAAUCUGUAACAUUUUUCUUUGAACUGAGCUCUGUCGCUACAUCACAGCAGCAGCUUCAUGUCCUCAGACUGCCUGGAGGGGCUCUAACCUUAUUAGCCACAAUAGCUGCUAGGCAGCAUUAUGCUGCGUGUAACAGAGUGACGCUGAGAGGUUACUGAAGGAAAGGCUGGACUACAAUCCAGCUGCGGUCAGUUCAGGAGCAGAGUUUUCUGUGGGAGAUGGGAACUCCCUGGACAAAUAAGACAAAACACUAUAAAAGAAUGGGGAAAAGACAAAAAGCAGAAUAUGACCUCAUUAAAACUCCUCACAGAUUUAUAGUUUCAUGUUUAAAAGGCUCAGUAAUUUUCCUCAAACAGCUGCUCGCUGUAGUUUCUAUCAGACAAACAGGAGGGAAUAGAGCAUCUGUUGGAGACUACUUUCAGCGGCGGAGCUGUAGUGAGUGUUUGGGGGCAGCAGGACGGUGUAUGUGGGACAGAAUAAACUACAGUGUGUGAGUUCAUGGUGAUGAAGGAACAUGAGGAAGGAGUUCACUACUGGUUUGAUCUGAACACGAGGUUUGAUGACGAGAAAGAAAAUGUAAAAUAUCCUCAGACGGAUCAAAUCUUCUUUCUGGUCGUGUUGUUGUGUUCAGCAGCUCCCACUGAUCCACAGAUCCCAAAAUGUUCUCCUGGCCCACUGAUGAUUCACUUCACAGUUUGGGGGCGCUGUUGGGCUCUGUGACAAAAUGCUGAGAGCAUUCAUGGACAGAAUUGUCUUACUGCUGCUGCUCUGCUGUAGAUCUUUAUAGGACAAACAGCGCUGAUCAAUUCUUCUAUAAUUAGUGUGUAAUCAAUCUUAACGACACCAUCCUGCUGCAGGCAGACACUGACUGAUGGAUAAAUCUGGCUUCUCGUGGCUCCAUCACAUCUUCACAGCUGAGAGAAGUGCUGCAGUUUAGGCCGUGUUGUAAUAAAGCGUGAUGAUCCUUUAAUGAGUGAAAGCUGCUGUCUGCCUCACUUUAAACUGAGCUGACAGUUUUUUAAAGCCUUAUGUCUCUGAGUCAGCUGUAAACAUCCACACGUCUAUUUAUUCUGUCAAAGCUGCUCAUGUAAAAUCUAACUGUAUUUUGUAAAUCUGCAAAUAUAUCCAAUCUACAGAGUAGUUUAUUUUGACUGACCAAAGUGUGAAUCAAAGAGCAUAAUGAACAUUUACACGUCGUGUCUAUAACUGCCUUACUCUGUCGUGUAGCUGUGUGUGUGUAGGUAACGUCCAAUCAUCAGACCGUCCACAGGUUUAUAUUUCCACCAGCAGGUUGUGUGCACACUGAAGACGUUUCUGUGACGCCUUCUUUAGUUUUCAGUCUGCUGCGUUGCUUGUUUCGCCAAAGAAUCAGCUUGCCUUAAUGUCAGAGCUGCUCUCACUCCGUCUGAUCAAACAGUCUGUCUCUGCUCAGUGUCUAGUCCAGUGUUCAUAUCACGACACCAACACGUGCUGUUAAUCCCUCCGAUGCCGCGUUCAGGUCACGUGGGGCAUCAACAGGAAAGAGUUCCAUGUUUGCAGCUGAUUGUUUCCAUCAUCAGACAAGAUGGCAGCUGUCCUGCUGCUGCUGCUGCUGCUGUUGUUUCGAUACCAAAACCAACUCUUACUGGCACCAACAAACCCAAUCAAUUCAAAAGAAAUCCCACCUCUCUAACAUUUAAAUAGAUUACACUCGUAUUACUGGUUACCAACGAGGUUAACUUUGGGUUUUAUAAGCUUUAUUAGAUCUGAGCGUCUGUGGCGUUUAGUGCAGAGUCCGAUCUGUCAGAGCUUCCAGAACAAUCCAACCUUCCUUGGAUGCAAAAUGAGAAUUCUGAAAACCUGACCAACCACGUGACAUGAACGCAACUCAAAGGAGCACCUGCCAGGGAAGAAGUCGUUCCCUGUGUGGCAUCAGCAAAGUGAAAGAAUCAUCCUGUCUGAGAUCCAUUCAGGGGUUUUCAGAAACUUAGUUUCGCUCAGUUCCUGGAAGCCUAUGAGAUCAUGAUUAUGUUAUUUGAUCCCACAGAUACUCAACAGUCGAACCGAGACAGCAUAAUAGUUCUGUUUGACACCAAAUACACACAGAGGUUUGUCCUCAGGUCUUUUUUAGUUUCUCACUGUAGGAAAGUGUAAAAAAGCUAAACUUCCCCCAAACUGCUGAACUGUCUCUUUAACCCAAUCACGCACAUUUAGGCUGUUCUAUGUGAUCUCCGUCUGAACCCCGCCCACCCGGGAAGGCUCCCUGAAAACCUCUGGAUGAAUUCAACAGGAGAAUGUGGUGGUUAGUCUUGUUUCACAGCUCUGUUCCUGCAAACUGCAGCUUCCUGCUUGGCGCUGGCUGCUUCCCCCUGCAGGUCACUGGAGCCUCACACGGUUUUGUCGGCUCUGCUGCUGUUGGCCUUGAACUCCUGUUGAACUUGACUAUUGAAUUGAUGAAGUAGAAGUUGAGCUGGUGUAGCAGGCUGUUGGUGGUGUGUGCUGCCUUUCUUGUUUGCUCAUUGUAAAUACUGUAAUAACAGACAGCAACAUGUUGUAGCUUGCAGAGAAGCCCUUACACUGUACAGAUACCUGAGCUGGAGCUGACACCAGACCAGUUGUGAGGUGGGGGUAGCUGUCCUGUUAAUCAUCUCUGUGGUGUUUCAGCUGUCAGCGGCAGAUGCUUUAAUCACUCUUUAUUUCAACACAGACACAGGAAUGUUCUGCACAGCGUCACGUUUGUUUUUGUCUCCGAGCUCUUUGUUUAAUCUGUGAUUCAGGUUGUUGUGUGGAAAAUCAAAUGAAACCAAUUUGUCUUUGUGCCAAAUGUUUGUCAGCUUGGGCUUCUGCCCAGAGAACUAAAAGCCAAUAAAUGUGAGGUGUGUUUUUCUGAAUGAA